AUGAAACGAAUACUCUUUUCCUCACGGAUUGCUUGUAGCUAUAGAACUGGAUCUAAAAGUGAUUGGAUGAGAGUGCUGACUGUUCGGAAAUUUGGUUCAACAUCUCAUAAAUAUGAAUUAUCGAAAAUCUUCCCCUCUGCUGCUACUGCGCUUGAAGAUAUCAAGUCUAAUACGACAAUUCUCUUUGGAGGCUUUGGACUUUGUGGAGUGCCAAAUACCCUAAUUAAUGAACUCACUAAAAAGCCACACAUUUCUAGUAUCACAGCUGUAUCCAACAAUGCCGGAACUGAUACUUCAGGGCUAGGUAAACUGUUGGCUACUAAGCAAAUUAAGAAAAUAAUCGCGAGCUACAUCGGUGAGAACAAGACAUUCGAAAAAAUGUAUUUAAGCGGAGAAAUCGAGUUGGAACUCACACCCCAAGGUACUUUAGCUGAGAGAUGCGCUUGUGGGGGAAAGGGAAUACCUGCAUUCUAUACACCUGCAGCAGUCGGCACAGUGGUUCAGACAGGUGAUCUUCCUUUAAGCCAUGAUGCAAACGGGAAGCCCCUAAAAUAUUCAACCCCUAAAGACGUUAAGGUUUUCGAUGGGAGGCCACAUCUUCUCGAGAACUCAAUCAGAGGAGAUUAUGCUUUUAUAAAAGCCUGGAAAGCUGACAGGCUGGGAAACUGUCAGUUUCGUCUCACAGCAAACAACUUCAACGGUGUCAUGGGUCGAUGUGCCGAUAUGACAGUUGUGGAAGCAGAAAAUAUAGUUGAGCUUGGAGAAAUAUCACCUGAAGCUGUAAACCUACCUGGAAUAUAUGUUAGUCGCGUUAUCAAAUCUACAACUCCAAAAGAAAUCGAAAAAUAUACCUUUUCAACAAGUUCAAGUGUUUCCAGUAUCGAAAAUUCUCUUGGCCACGGGCCAACAAAAGAGAGACGUAAGAGAAUUGUAAGAAGGGCCGCCAAGGAGUUCAAGAAUGGUAUGUAUGCAAAUCUGGGUAUUGGAAUGCCAAUGUUAGCACCAGCAUUUGUUGGACCAGAGAUUGAUGUACAACUCCAAUCUGAGAAUGGGGUAAUUGGCCUAGGUCCUUACCCUAUCAAAGGAACUGAGGAUGCAGAUCUCAUUAACGCCGGCAAGGAAACUGUCACACUCAAUGUAGGCGCUUCAGUGUUUGGAAGUGAAGAAAGCUUUGGCAUGAUUCGAAGCGGUCGUAUAGAUCUCAGUAUUCUUGGUGCUAUGCAGGUCAGUGGCAACGGAGAUCUAGCAAGUUGGAUGCUACCAGGAAAAAUAAAGGGAUUUGGGGGCGCAAUGGAUCUAGUCAGUAAUCCAAAACGGACAAAGGUAAUUGUAACUAUGGAACAUACAGAUAAGCAAGGCAGACCAAAAAUUCUUCGGCAAUGCACCUUUCCAUUAACAGGUAAAUCCUGUGUUUCUUUGAUUAUUACGGAUUUAGGUGUGUUUGAAGUGAAUUUUUCGACAGGAUUGACUCUCAUUGAGAUUGCAGAAGGGAUCACAGUAGAAGAAAUUCAAAGCAAGACAGAAGCUUCAUUUGUAGUUUCUGAAAAUCUUAGACUUAUGCUGUAA